CUUUUUUAUAUUUCAUAUACAUUCUCAGUAUAUGUGCACAUUUGUAGCUGUGUAAAAAAAAAAAGGUUCCGGCUCCUUUUGGACACAAUUUUGUACACCAAAAGAGGCGCAAAAAAUGGAAGAAUCCAUCCGUCAUCUCGGAAAAUCCGCCAUCUAAGGAAAGAGCAUCCGCCUCCUUCAUUUUUUUAAAGGCUGACGAGAAACUGUUCCUUUUUUUACUCGGCUCUAUCUAAUUGUUAGUAUAUCAAUUCGUCAUUGAACUGUGAAAAAAACGUAUACUAUUGCGUGAAGAAAGAGAUUGCGUGCGGUAUUGCUUCGUGAUUUCAUCCAUUGUAAUCCGCAUCCGCAUUUCAAAUUUGACAAAACAAGAACCUCUGGUUUCCGUCCUUGAUAUUGGAACCGGUUCACUUUUCUUUCUGCCAAGCUGCAAUUUCCGGUGUUCCAAUUCACGCAUCCGACUAUAGGGUUCUAACAGAGAAUAGUGGGUAUGCGCCAUUGUCACAAAAUGAUCAUGCUGGCCUGCACCUCGAUAUAGACACUAAAUAACUGACUGUGACCCCGGCAGUUGUACAAGGCAGUGCCGAGAUCGUACAGGCAGCAUUUGAAGUUGGAUAUCCACUUUCUAGUCAUUUGUAAUGUUAUUAUACAGUGAUGAAAUUAUGACUAGCAGUGUAAUUGCCAGCGUCUUGAAAUGUAACUCAACUGGAAGUCCUCCGUAUGAAUUUACUGAUUACACCCAGCGAGCCAUAGUCGGUACUUUGUAUCUGAUUGUGUCCUUGACGGGACUCAUCGGCAACUCGCUGGUGAUCUUAGCCGUGAUUUUGUCCAAAAAGCUCCGCACGACCACCAACGCCUUCGUGGUGAACCUGAGCAUAGCGGACCUGCUGACCUGCCUUGUCAUCCCGUGGGAUGCCGUGGCUUUGUUGGGUAAAGACGGCCUGCCGGUUGGCGAGUGGAUAUGCAGCGUGGUGGCCGUCGUUCAAUUCACCACCGUGGGCUGCAGCAUUUUCACGUUGGCCUCGAUCGGCUUAAACCGCUGGCUACUUAUCACUAGACCCGGAGCUUCCUAUCGGAAUAUCUUCAAGACAAAGAAGAUCGCCGUCUGGCUAGUACUGACUUGGCUGGUCCCACUUCUCGUCACCAUCAUACCACCGCUCGCAGAUGUGGGUGCUGUUGGCUACAACGCCAGGUACCGUUUCUGCGGUUCAGUCACCUCGCAUCCCUCAUACAACACUUACAACAUCAUCAUCGGUUCAGUCUUAUAUCCCACUCCUUUCGUUGUCAUCAUCUGCUAUGUUCUCAUCUGGAGACACGUGUACCGCCACUCCAAGAGACUCCGUAACCCCAACCCGUCGGUUCAAUUCACAUCUAGUAGCUCGUGCCCGCAGCCCCAAUCACAACUACCCCAAACUACAGUAACGAGUACUGCUAGGUCUCAAGCCUCCAGUUUCUUACGCUACCAGACCGACAUCACCAAGAACAUGUUCUACAUCGUCUGUGCCUUUAUUGUAUGUCUCGGACCGUUUGCCAUCUGCCCGUCCUUUGAAGCCUGCGAUCCUGCUGUUCCUUAUACGGCCGCCAUCUUGUUUGCGAACAGUUGCAUCAACCCCUUGAUCUACGCGACCAAGCACCGUGACUUCAAGACCGUCUUCGGUUGCAUCGUACGAUGCCAUUGGGACAGCAUCCCGGAAUCCUCAGACUUUUUGAAGAGACUUCAACGACGAAGCUGAAAUCAAUUAAACUGUCUGCAUUCUUCUUGUCAAAAGUUAAAUCACCCAUGUAGAUACCACAUCUAUGAUCAUAUUCUACAAACACCCAGUUUAACGUUUAUUUGACUUAUUUUUACAAAGCAUAAGUAGAAAAUUUAGUAAAAUUUAUAAAAUUACGAAAUGUAGUACAUGUAAUUGUAUCUAGCAUGAUAUUAAAACUAAAAUGUCAAUAGUGACCGGUCCACACAAUGUCUCGUUCGCCAUUUUUACCGUACGUUUUGCACGUGAAACUUUGGUGAACAUUUUCUAGUUGAGACCAAAGAUCCUAUAGCGCCGUAGGUUUGGUUGAGAUUUCUCAGACGUUAAGAAUAAAUAAG